AAAAGCAAUUGCGUAGAAUAUAAUUUGGCUGUAUGACUAUUCGGGUCGUCUCUGUUUGAGUUCAUCGCCUGCCUUAAUUUUCCUCAGAGUCCUCCGUCCCCAAGCUUAAGCGCUAACGUCCAAAAAACCCAAAAACUUUAUGGGAACUGUAAAAUUCAAGGACUAUGGCGUACUAGUAGAUCCAGAAGAAGAUCAGGCGUCUUUCACGAAGCUUAGGGCCGCACGGAAACGCCGCCUCGCCACAGCCAUCUCUGUCGCCGCCGUGUUCGUCACCCUAAUCGUCGGCGCGGUGUUCGUCGCGCUGAUCCACCAUGAAAACCACUCGCAUCAGUCUUCUCCGUCAUCAUCGUUGCCGGUUUCCUCCACCUCGAUCGGCUUUCUCAGCACCGUCUGCGCUGUGACUCAGCACCCGCACUCCUGCUUCGAUUCCAUGUCUGCAUUCCCCUCCCCGCCUAAACCUAGCCCGGAGCACUUCCUGAACGUUUCUCUCUGGAUCGCCAUCAACGAAUUGGUUAAUUUGACCUCUCUUCCCAAGUCUCUGAUCCCGAAGGUCAACGACCGUGGCGGCCAAUCGGCUCUGCAGGACUGCGAGAGCCUGUUCAACAACGCGCUGAGUCAACUCAACGAGUCGGCGGCGCUAAUCAACGCGGAUCGAGGUGAGAUCGUCCUGGCGCCGACGGAAAUCGGUAACAUGAGGACGUGGAUAAGCGCGGGGAUGACGGAUGAGGACACGUGUACCGAUGGAUUGGAGGAGAUGCAAUCGACGGUGACGGAUGAGGUGAAAGCGAUGGUGCAGAGAUCGAAUGAAUACAUGAGCAACACGUUAGCCAUUGUCAGUAAUUUGCAGAGCCUUCACGAGAAGUUUGGUGUAGCCGAGCCAAAGCAUUGAAUUGUCUGUUUUUUCUCGCACUAUGUAAUUCGGUCAUUUUUUUUUGUACUACCGUAAUUCUCUCGUUGGAUCUGCCUUCAUUUGAACUAUUGGCAUUUCCCUGUGUUCAUGUAUAAAACAAGAAUAAAAAACUGGGAAAAUGUUUAUCAAGGUAAUUGCUGAAAAAAAUGGAGAAUGGUACUCCCUAGUCCAGGUGCAAGGAAGGUGAUAGAUAGGAUGUUCAAGAAGACCUUUCAAUUCCGGAGAGGUGGAGAUCCAAAAUUUUAAUAUAGUCUAUAUAAUGGAGUUUUUCUCAAAAUAAUGCUAAAUAAAAAAGUAAGUAUUUACCAAAUUGGUGUAUGGUUAAUAUUAUUUCCCUAAGUACUGCUAUGGUUAACUCUAGUUGGAUGGUUGGAGAGCGGCCAAACUGAAUUCACGGCCUAGGGCCUAGCCAACAUUAUGUAAAAUUUAAAAGAGCACGUGGGAGCGCAAAUUAUACCGUACACCCGGAUGUACGGUCCUCACCGUACAUCCGGGUAUUUUUGCAAUUAAUUACAAAUCUGGUGGUAAAGAUUAGGGAUGGAGAAGGGAUGAGAAAGCAGAGACGGAAUCGGUCCAGAUCGGCGGUAGUAUGUAUUUGUUGGUCGUCGUACGUAGCGUAGACCUUGAGCCUGUCCGUAGUAAAUUCCGGCGUUGUUGUUGGCUUUCUGGUCUUCUGGGUGGAGAUGUUGACCUCUGGGUGGUGUGUAUUGUGUAAGAUGUUGGGGUGGAGAGUUAUCUUUGUCGUCAUCCGUGGGUGGAAGGCCAGGAAUAAAAUUACACUUAGUGGGCUGGCUGGAUAAGGUUAAACAAUUAAUGGUGUAGUGUUGAUUAAAUUGGAUUUGAGAAAUCAC